CAAAUAAACGAUAUUUUGUUUGGGAACCUGUUUCGUGUUUUGUUCUUCUCUGAAAAAUGCACGCUUUAGGCGGUGGAGGCCUUGGCGGGCUAUGGGGCUGGAACCUCCCACCGAGGAAACACGAACGACUUCGCUCCAAAAACCAAAGAAGGCGACCUAAUUCCAACUCUUCGGAAUCUGCCCACGCGACUGGCGGAGCCGGUGACUGGUUCCCCUUGAAGCAAGCCGUGACGGCGGGCUCCCUUGCUCUCACCGGUGACACAAUUGCUCAGCUCAGUGAGCGUUGGAGAACCUCAAAGGCUUCGAAGCAACAUUCCUCUCCCUCCGAUUCUCAGGAUGUGAUGCAGACUCUCCUUUUGGACCAUAAUUGGCUUCGUUCUCUUCGAAUGGCGUCCUAUGGAUUUCUUUUGUAUGGUCCUGGUUCUUAUGCAUGGUACCAGUUUCUUGAUCGUUGUUUGCCAAAGCCAACAGUGAGGAACCUAAUGUUGAAGGUUCUAUUAAACCAAAUAGUGCUUGGUCCAUGUGUCAUUGCUAUUGUUUUUGCAUGGAACAAUUUAUGGCAAGGGAAGCUCUCACAGCUUCCAGGCAAAUACCAGAAUGAUGCUCUUCCUACCCUACUUUAUGGCUUUAGGUUCUGGGUACCUGUAAGUGUAUUGAACUUCUGGGUAGUACCUCUUCAAGCCCGUGUAGCAUUCAUGUCAAUGGGUUCAAUAUUCUGGAACUUCUGCUUGUCUUCUACUAUGAACAAGUAGUUUAAUCUUUUGGUUGUAUGGUAUCAACACAGAAUUUUUUACUGGAGGUUAGGAGAAUAUGUGGAAACCUGAGGUGAUGAUUCAAGUCUUGUGCUCUCCACAUUUUCUUUAAAGUUCAUAUUUUUAUGGAAAUUUGCCAACGCAAUUUUGGCCAAAAGGACUUGAAUUUUCUUGACGCUCGUCUUUGGACUCUACUUGAAAUCUGUAUAGAAAAGGCUGUGUUUUUCCAAUUUGGGAAUGACACAUGUUUUACUUGGUUACUAGUUUUAGUAGUUAUUCGUGCCAUUUUGGAGCUGACCCGUUGAUUUGUAUCAUGAAUCGUUGAUCAAAUUUAUUUUUCGUUCAUUGCUAAAAUACAUAAAUGUUAGAUGA